AUGCUUUGUGAUCCCAACUUGAAACCAUCGACUAUCCCUAUCGACACCAAGUCAUCCGAUCUCGAGCUCUUUCUCGACUACAUGACGAAAUAUCCGCCUCCUCUGGUUUCGUCUUGGUCAAUGGUAGAAAGUCUCUUCUCCCUCGCGGAUAAGUACGGUCGUCCAAUCGUUCACGAACGACUCAAAUUCCGCUUGGGCCUUGUGGCAAUGAAUGCACCAUGGGAGGUCUUCUGCUUUGCCAGCCAUGAGAACGAUUCAGAUCUUGCACGUAAAGCUUUGGAGAAGAUGGUUGAAGAUUCGAGCCGCAAUCAGAUGAUUUUGACAGAUAUAUCAGCAAAGGACAUACUGGAGCCUACCACUCCUUAUUUGGUUGGAUUGCUCGAUCAGUUGGGAAGUAAUAGGACAGCUACCUGGAAUUCAAGGUCCCGUAGGAACGAUGUGAAUUGGGAACACAUGGCCAAGCACUUUGCUCCUCGACUGUAA